UAAAUAGAAGAAAAGCCCUGAGAGUGGCUGGCGGCACGGACAAAUCCCGCCCCUGACUUUUCUCUUAUCUCCCCUCCAAAAUCCCUAACAAUCCCAAGUGACUGGCGCACUCAACACUCAACAGAAGAGAAGCAAAUCGAGUUGAAUCAAGGAGAUUUAGGGUUUUCGAAGAGCAUCAAAGAUGGGAGAACGUAAGGUUCUUAACAAGUACUAUCCGCCGGACUUUGACCCCUCGAAGCUGCCCAGGAUCAGGAGGCCAAAGAAUCAACAGAUAAAGGUGCGGAUGAUGCUUCCGAUGAGCAUUCGCUGCAACACCUGCGGCAAUUACAUCUACAAAGGCACCAAGUUUAAUUCUCGCAAAGAAGAUGUCGUUGGAGAGACGUAUUUGGGAAUUCAAAUAUUCAGAUUUUACUUCAAAUGUACCAAGUGCUCUGCCGAGCUCGCGAUGAAGACAGACCCCCAGAAUUCUGACUAUGUUGUUGAGGCCGGUGCGACACGUAAUUUUGAACCCUGGCGCAAUGAAGAUGAGGAAGUAGAUAAGGAGAAACAGAAAAGGGAGUCCGAAGAAAUGGGAGAUGCCAUGAGAGCCUUGGAGAAUAGAACACAGGAUUCAAAAAGAGAGAUGGACGUCAUGGCUGCCUUGGAUGAGAUGAAGUCCAUGAAGUCCAGGCAUGCGACUGUGAGUGUGGAUGCUAUGUUGGAGGCUUUGAAACAAACAUCCGCGCAAAAGGAAAAAAGGAUUGAAGAGGAGGAUGAAGCAGUCAUAAAAUCAAUAGUAUUCCAUAACUCAAAAGAUUAUAUCAAAAGAAUUCACGAUGAAGAUUUAGAUGAUGAAGAAGAUAUGAUUGAGCCUUUAAGUGGCAACGGUGAAACCUCAGUGAAGCGGAAAAAGCUUACUCACGGGCUUCCUGACAAUUCAACAGAUUGGUUGACAAACAGCAGUAUUUCUGAUAGAGGGAAUCGAAAUGGCUCAGAAGCUGCUAAAUUCCCUUUUAAGUCCUCGACUGUUAGGGUUGCUGUAGUUAAGAAACCGGUUGCGGCUGAAGGUAAAAAGUCAGCGGAAGCAGAAGACAAGAAGAAACAAUCGGGAGAGGAGGUUCAAAAUUCGACAAAACCAGAUAAGAGUAAAACCAAAGCUACAACCAAUGUUUUACAAUCAUUGUGCCAAUAUGACAGUGACGAUAGUGAUGAAUGAUUAGCUAGGAUUAUGUUUUGAUUCCAUAAUCAAAUGCUUUGUGCUACGGUUUCAAAUAGGGAUUCGUACUUACUGAUGCCUCUUGCCAUUGGAGCACCGGCACAAAAAAGUGUGUUGUCAGUUGAGAGCAACUUGCAUGAAACAUGGUUUCAUUCACCUGUGGGGCAAUGCUAUUUGAAAAGAAACUUACACAUGAUAUUGUAGGUAUUGAACUGUAACUCUACAAUGACGGUGAAUCUGUUUCAUGUAAGUCUUCCACUU